CGGAGUCCCGGCGCCGUCAUUCAGUGCGUUUAUUUAAAGAUGGCGGACCGCAUGGCGGCGCGCCUGCAAGCUCAGGAGGAACAGAUACAACAGCUGAGCUUGGAGGUGAAGCGUUUGCUGGAAGGGCUAUGCGGUGAACAUAAUGCCGCGCACAACUUCGCCCGGUCCCCGGAGCUGGAAAGCCUGAGGGCCGAGAAUGAAAAGCUCAAAUAUCGCAUCGUACAUCUGCGACGGGGGAUUCAGGCGGAGCUGGAAAUGGGGGCGCAAGGCCAGGAGCACGCCGCAAAAUGUCAGGGCAAGCAGGCGGAGAAGAAGGGCGAAAAGACCCAGGUGCAGGCUGCGCCUUUAAGAGAAAAGGAUGAGAAGCAAAAGCCGGAAAAGACUGAAAAAACCAAUGGGUUCGACAAGAUACCUCCUCAGAGGAAAGAGUCACGCCCCUGGCCGGCCUAUGUCGCUGACCGCCUUCAACUGUAUGACAAACUGAAGAUGGAGAGCGAUGCUCUGUUGGCCAAGCGGAAAGCGGAGAGCCAGCCCAUCACUGUGCAGCUGCCCGAUGGCAAGACUAUGGAGGCCCAGUCUUGGGUGACCAGCCCCUACCAGCUGGCCUGCAAAAUCAGUCAGGGGCUCGCCGACAGCGCUGUCAUCGCACGGGUGGAUGGUGAACUGUGGGACCUGGACAGGCCACUGGAGAAGGACUGUGCCUUGGAGCUGCUCCGCUUCGAUGAAGAAGAUGCCCGGGCCGUAUACUGGCACUCCAGCGCCCAUGUCCUGGGAGAGGCCAUGGAGCAAUUCUACGGCGGCUGCCUGUGCUAUGGCCCGCCCAUCGAAAACGGCUUCUACUACGACAUGUUUCUGGACGGACAGCGGGGGGUCUCCAGCACCGAGUUCGGCGCCCUGGAGGGAAUCUGCCGGACGGUGAUGAAGGAGAAGCAGCCCUUUGAGAGGCUGGAGAUCAGCAAGGAGACCCUGCUGCAGAUGUUCAAGUAUAACAAAUUCAAGUGCCGCAUUUUAAACGAGAAGGUCACCACCCCCACCACUACAGUGUACAGAUGCGGGCCCCUUAUCGACCUGUGUAGAGGGCCACAUGUCCGACACACUGGAAAGAUCAAAGCCAUGAAGAUCUACAAGAAUUCCUCGACGUACUGGGAAGGUCGCUCGGACAUGGAGACGCUGCAACGCAUCUAUGGCAUUUCCUUUCCUGACACCAAGAUGCUGAAGGAGUGGGAACGUUUUCAGGAGGAAGCCCGGAAACGGGAUCACCGCAAAAUCGGAAAGGAACAAGAGCUGUUCUUCUUCCAUGAACUGAGCCCUGGGAGCUGCUUCUUCCUUCCCCGGGGGGCCUACCUGUACAACGCCCUCAUGGAAUUCAUCAAGGAAGAAUACUGGAAGAGGGGUUUCGAGGAGGUGGCCAGCCCCAACGUCUACAACAGCAAGCUGUGGGAGACCUCUGGCCACUGGCAACACUACAGUGACAACAUGUUCUCCUUCCCUGUGGAGCAGGACAUUUUUGCCCUCAAGCCCAUGAACUGCCCCGGACAUUGCCUUAUGUUCAGCCACCGGCCGCGGUCAUGGCGGGAGCUACCACUGAGGCUGGCCGACUUCGGCGUGCUGCACCGCAACGAGCUGUCGGGGACGCUGACGGGCCUGACCAGGGUACGCCGAUUCCAGCAGGACGAUGCCCACAUCUUCUGUGCCAUGGAGCAGAUCGAGAUGGAGAUGAAGGGAUGCCUGGACUUCCUGCGCAGUGUGUAUGAUGUCUUCGGAUUCUCCUUCCAGUUGCUCCUCUCCACGCGUCCAGAGAAGUUCCUGGGUGACAUUGCUAUCUGGGACCAGGCCGAGAAGCAACUAGAGAACAGCCUGAAUGAAUUUGGGGAGCCAUGGAAAUUGAAUCCUGGAGAUGGAGCUUUCUAUGGUCCCAAGAUUGACAUUAAGAUCAUGGAUGCCAUUGGACGAUACCAUCAGUGUGCCACCAUCCAGUUGGAUUUUCAGUUGCCAAUACGCUUUGACCUCAGCUUUGUUGGGAAAGAUGGGGAUGACAAGGCACGGCCAGUCAUCAUCCAUCGUGCCAUCCUGGGCUCAGUGGAGAGGAUGAUAGCGAUCCUCACUGAGAACUAUGCCGGGAAAUGGCCUCUCUGGCUGUCUCCACGUCAGGUCAUGCUGGUACCAGUCAACCCCUCCUUUGAGGAAUACGCCAAAACGGUGUGUGAGCAGUUUGUGGAGGCCAGCUUUAUGGCAGACGCGGACCUUGAUUCCAGCUGCCUUCUCAACAGGAAAGUCCGCAACGCCCAGCUGGCCCAGUACAACUUCAUUCUGGUGGUGGGGGAAAAGGAGAAGAUGACGAACAGCGUGAAUGUGCGGACGAGGGACAACAAGGUCCACGGCGAGAUGCCUGUGGUGGAGGUCAUAGCCAGAUUGAGCCUCUUGAAGCAGUCGCGCUGUAGAUGUGCAGAGGAGGAGUUCUGAGGAAGGGGGCAAGGAGUUAAUCCCCGAUCUACCUGCCACCGCAGGGUUCCCUGAGACUGGGGCUGAAAAGCUGGAGAUCUGAGGGACUUCACGAUGUUCUGGUUGGAAGAAAAGCAGAGUAAUAGAAGCAGGAAGUGCAGAUUUAUCAGAACCAAGAUAUAAUGGCUCAAGAUGGCAAGGAGAGGAACGUAAUUUUGACACACGAUGUCAUCAGUGUUACUGCUGUUACUCAACAAUCUGAGGUGACAAGUUGUUACAGUUUUGAGUAACUGAAUGCUGUCAUCCCAGGUGUUGAAGCAGCCCGCCAACAUCACUACACUGUUGUUUAUUCAUGACUAAAUUCCAUGAAUGGAAGGCACAAGGCACGUUUUUGGAAAAGUUUGGUGAAAAAUGAAAGUGCAGAAAUAAAGGGUUCAGAUAGGUCAGUAUUUUGUGCUGUAAUAUUUGUCCAAAUGCUAAUCAAAAGGGAAUAUAAGAUGUUAUGUCAGAUUUUGGCAGAAUACCAGUGUUGCGUAUAGAUCCAGCAGACUUCCUGUGUCACUUUACUGUCUGCCUUUUGUUGGUGACGCUAUAAUGAGAGGGGGGACAAAGUGAAACCCGGUAUCUCCCCGGCACUCUGGGAAUAAGGGAAUAAACUCCUUCAGUGCAAA